AUGGUUCUUAAAUCAACUUCCUCAGGUGACGUAUCAGUCUAUCAAGUAGCUGGUACUAAUGUGUCCAGAUCCUUGCCAGAUUGGAUAGCUAAAAAACGUAAGAGAUCAUUAAAAAAUGAUAUCGAAUAUCAAACUCGUAUUGAAUUAAUUCAAGAUUUUGAAUUCAGUGAAUCAUCAAACAAAAUUAAAGUCACUCCCGAUGGAUCAUAUGCCAUGGCCACUGGGGUUUAUAAACCACAAAUUCAUGUUUAUGACUUUGCCAAUCUUUCAUUGAAAUUCGAUAGACACACAGAUGCCGAAAAUAUUGAUUUCCUUAUAUUAUCAAAUGACUGGACUAAAAGUGUUCAUUUACAAAAUGAUAGAUCGAUUGAAUUUCAAACUAAGGGAGGUUUACAUUACAAAACCAGAAUUCCAAAGUUUGGUAGAGCCUUGGUUUAUAAUCAAUUCAAUUGUGAUUUGAUGGUAGCAUCUUCCGGUAGCGAAUUAUAUAGAUUGAACUUGGAUCAAGGGAGAUUUUUAAAUCCUUUCGUGAUGGAAUCUGAAGGUAUCAAUGAUGUUGAUGUUAAUCCAGUUCAUGGAUUAGUAGCUGCUGGUUGUGAAAAUGGUACAGUUGAAUUUUGGGAUCCAAGAGCCAAAUCAAGAGCCGGAAAAUUACCUUACGAAUCUAUAAGUGAUCAUUUUACUAGUUAUGUUAAUGGAGUUGAUGAAAUUUCUAAGGUUAAGUUUAGUAACAGCGGAUUAAAUUUUGCUUUGGGUACUUCUUCAGGUCAAUCAUUGAUUUAUGAUUUGAGAUCUGAUAGACCAAUGAUCAGUAAAGAUCAAGGUUAUGGAUUCGAAAUUAAGAAAAUCAUUUGGAUUGAUGAUAAAAUUUUAACCAGUGAUAAGAGAAUAGCCAAGAUUUGGGAUUACUCCACAGGUAAACCAUAUUGUUCAAUGGAACCAAGUGUUGACAUCAAUGAUGUGGCUCAUAUACCCGAAUCAGGAAUGUUUUUCAUGGCCAAUGAAGGUAUUCCAAUGCAUACCUAUUAUAUACCUAAUUUAGGGCCAUCUCCAAGAUGGUGUUCAUUCUUGGAUAAUGUUACUGAAGAAUUGGAAGAAAAACCUAGUGAUAGUGUUUAUUCUAAUUAUAAAUUUAUUACUAGAGAUGAUGUUGAUAAAUUAUCUUUAGGACACUUGAUCGGUACAAAUGUUAUGAGAUCUUAUAUGCAUGGGUUCUUCAUUGAUAAUGAAUUAUAUGAUAAGGUUAAUUUAAUUGCUAAUCCUAAUUCAUACCGUGAUCAACGUGAAAGAGAAAUCAGAGCCAAGAUUGAAAAGGAAAGAGAAUCUAGAAUCAGAAGUUCUGGGGCUAUCAAUAAUACUAAGAUUAAAGUUAAUAAAGAUUUGGCUAAUAAAUUGAGCCAGAAAGAUAAAGAAAUGGCUGAAAAUGUUGUUAAUGAUGAUAGAUUCAAAGAAAUGUUCGAAAAUCCUGAAUUUAUGGUUAAUGAAGAAAGUCACGAUUAUAAACAAUUGAAUCCUGUUGUUAAAACCACUCAAUUAACAGCAGCCGAAGAAUCUGAUGAAGAAAGGCUCAAUUAUAAACAAAGUGAUUCUGAAUCGGAAUCGGAAUCGGAAUCUGAAGAUGAAUCUGAAUCUGAAGCUGAAGUUGAAGAAAAACCAAAGAAGGAAGUAAAGGCAAAAGCUCAACCACAGAUCGAAGAUAUCAAUGAAAUGAAGGUAGUUGAACCGACUACUAAUACUUCAUCAUUCGCCAGUCAAAUUAAGCAUAAAGUCACUAAGCCAGAAAUCAGAGUACAACGUCAUGCUAAAGGUGAAGUCGAAUUCACCUUCACUCCAACUAAGGAGAAGAAACAGAAAAAAGUUAGAAUCCAAAGUGAUAGUGAUAAUGAUGAUGAUAAUGAUAAACAACAAUUGAAUGGAAGAACAAAGCAAAGAUUCCAAGGACGUAGAAGUGCAUCCAGAAAUCAAUUCAGAGGUAUGUAA